CCAAACGACGUCGUCACCGCCGCAACAACAACCCCAAUCUCUAAGUAACUACACUCUCUCUCUCUCUCUCUCUCUCUCUCUAACAGCUAGCAAAUAUUUCAAAUUUCCAACUCACUCUACUCCCAAUUCCAUCUUUCUCCUUCUACUGUCUAUCCGAAAUAAUCGAUAUUAGGGUUAGGGGUACAGUAGGGUUUUCACUGUUCACUCAAUUUUUGGGGGUUUUCCCCAAAUUGAGGUGAGGGGUUUCCCAUCUUCAUGGAUCAAGCGCGAUCAUCCUCUGGGAACAACAUCAACAACAACAAUGGCGAGGACAAUGUGGGAAUUCCCGACGACCUCCGGUGCAAGCGUUCCGAUGGGAAGCAGUGGCGGUGCACCGCCAUGUCGAUGCCGGACAAGACCGUCUGCGAGAAGCACUACAUCCAGGCCAAGAAGAGGGCAGCCAAUUCCGCCAUGAGAGCUAACCUCAAGAAGGCUAAGCGCAAGUCUGGAGAUUCCGAGGGACACCUUGAAAGCAAGAGUGACGAUUUCGAUAUUCCUCUGUCCGCCAUGAAGCACGGUGGUGGGGAGCAUAGUUCUGGUGGCGGAAGCAGGUUGUUGGAUAAGGUGGGGAAGAAUCAGUUCAGGUAUGUCCCCAAGAAGGGGGCCAUGUCGGGGCGAUCCUCACUGCCCAAGCCAGAUGAGGAGGAUGAGGAAGAUUAUGAAGAAGAGGAGGAGGGUGAGGAAGAGGUGGAGGAGGAGGAGGGUGUGCCUCUUUAUGAGGAAAAUUGGACGGGUCACGAGUCGCCUGAGCUGGCUUCUGGUGGGGACUCGUCCAGGAAGAGGAGGAGCUUGGAGGCCACUAAUGUCACUACUGAAUACUCGGAUGCAAGCACAGACUCCUCGGAGGAGACUGGUGACACUGGCGGGCAGACAUGCCAUCAGUGCCGGAGGAAUGACAGAGACAGGGUGGUUACUUGGUGCCAGCGGUGUGAUCGAAGAGGAUACUGUAAUAGCUGUAUAUCAACUUGGUACUCAGACAUUUCGCUGGAUGAAAUUCAGAGGAUGUGUCCUGCGUGCCGUGGUAUUUGUAACUGUAGAGUUUGUGUACGUAGUGAUAAUUCAAUAAAGGUUCGGAUACGGGAGAUACCUGUUCUAGAUAAGUUACAGUAUCUCCACUCGCUGUUGUCAGCAGUGCUUCCUGUAGUAAAACAGAUCCACCAAGAACAGUGUUUUGAAGUUGAGCUCGAAAAGAAGUUACGUGGUGUGGACAUAGAUCUUCCCCGGAUAAAAUUGGGAGCAGAUGAACAGAUGUGCUGCAAUUUAUGUAGGAUACCCAUCACUGAUUAUCAUCGGCGCUGUCCAAUUUGCUCAUAUGACUUGUGCCUUAAUUGUUGUCAUGAUCUUCGAGAAGCAACUUCAGAUUACAACAAAGAACCACAAACAGAAUUAGCGAAAGCUUAUGACCAAAACAUAUUAAGUAAGUUUCCUCAUUGGAGAUCCAAUGAUAAUGGAAAUAUUCCAUGCCCCCCUAAGGAAUAUGGUGGCUGUGGUUAUUCGUCGUUAAAUUUGAGCAGGAUUUUCAAGAGGAAUUGGGUUGCAAAGUUGGUGAAAAAUGUAGAAGAAAUGGUUGGUGGCUGUAAGAUUAAUAAUGCUGAUGAUCUACCAGAAACUCAGUUGAAUGCUCUCAGAUUGCGCAAAUGUUCCCAUAGAGAGACUAGUGAUGAUAACUAUCUUUAUUGUCCUGCAUCUGAAGAUCUCAUGAAAGAUGGGAUUGGAAAUUUUAGAAAGCACUGGAAAACCGGUAAACCCAUUAUUGUUAAGCAAGUGUUUGAUAGAUCAUCCUCUUCUAGCUGGGAUCCGCUGGUCAUCUGGAGAGGGAUUCUAGAGACAACAGAUGAGAAAAUGAAAGAUGAAAACAGAGUGGUUAGGGCCAUAGAUUGCUUAGAUGGGUCUGAGAUUGAUAUUGAGCUUAGUUACUUCAUGACUGGUUACACUGAGGGGCGUACUCAUGAAAAUGGUUGGCCACAGUUAUUGAAGUUGAAGGAUUGGCCUUCACCUAGUGCAUCUGAAGAGUUUCUCUUGUACCAAAGACCAGAAUUUAUCGGCAAACUGCCUUUACUUCAGUAUAUUCACUCCAAGUGGGGCCUUCUUAAUGUUGCAGCUAAAUUGCCUCAUUACUCCUUGCAGAAUGAUGUAGGACCCAAGAUUUAUAUAUCUUAUGGAAUCAAUCAUGAACUUGGUAGAGGUGAUUCAGUGACCAAUCUCCACUUCAAUAUGCGGGACAUGGUGUACCUUUUGGUCCAUACAAGUGAAGUAAUGUUGAAGGACUGGCAGAGAACUAAAAUUGAAAUGAUCCAAAAAGAAUACAAGGAGUUAGAGGUGAAGGAAUCACGUGGAGAUAAUCAAAUGUGUUCUAGCAGGAGUUCACCUAACUCGGCAUUUGGUACAGAAAAUAAUGGGCUGGAUUUGGAUCCAAACCAGAGUAAGUCACUGGAUCAAGGGUUUGAAAAUCAUUCUAGUUCUGAUGGGAAUAUGGUCAAUCAUGAACUUCCAUUCAAACAAAACGGAAAUUUCUCUGAGCAAAUGCAUCCUGGAGUUCUUUGGGAUGUCUUUCGUCGGCAGGAUGUUCCAAAGUUGAAUGAAUAUUUGAAAACACAUCGGAAUGAGUUUGGAAAGCCAGAUGAUAUAUUAAAUGAAUAUGUUACAUGGCCUCUUUAUGAUGGAGCUAUUUUUCUUGACAGACACCAAAAAAGAAAGCUGAAGGAAGAAUUUGGAGUGGAGCCCUGGUCAUUUGAACAGAAUUUGGGGGAAGCUAUCUUUGUUCCUGCUGGUUGCCCUUUCCAGGCAAGAAAUGUUCAGUCCACUGUUCAGUUGGGGCUUGAUUUCUUAUCUCCCGAGAGCUUGGGAGAGGCUGUUAGACUGGCAGAGGAAGUCCGCAGUCUACCUAAUGAACAUGAAGCAAAACCUCAAGUAUUGGAGGUUGGGAAGAUCUCUCUUUAUGCUGCAAGUUCAUCUAUCAAAGAGGUUCAGAAACUUGUACUUGAUCCAAAGCUUGGUGCAGAGAUCGGAUAUGGAGACCCUAAUUUGACUGCAAUGGUAUCUGAGAAUUACGAGAAGAUGGUUAAGCAACGGCAGAUUACUUGUGCUUGAACUCCCACGUGCCACAUGCAAUCCAGUCCUUGAAUCAGGAAAGCAGUUAUGUACAGUAGUUGUAUUAUGUUGGUUGGUAAUUUUCAGUGUAGUUUUGAUCAAAUAUCUAGGUCAUCACUUGAUGUGUAUAAUAGAGUUAGAGAGACAUUAGAGACACAAUCAUUGUUAAUCUGUAUUUUAAAAGAAACAUGUAACGUGUACAAACUUGUUUCUAAUCCUAUACUGAUGUAGUUGAGUCCAGAAAUAACUGGAUACAAUACAAGCACCUCACAAAUUGAAACUAUAAUUGAACUUUUAGGGAGUGUCUGUUUUUGGUUUUGAAGAAAGAAUGGGGAUCA